AAACCAGACCAGGGCAGAGUGAGUGGGUGAGUGAGGCCAGUAGUGUUGUGUUGUCCCGAGAGUUACACAAAAACACAUACACAGAGCAGAAACACAAAGAGGUCCGACAUGGGCGGCGACAGAAUCCGAACAUUGGAGGAGUUCGUGAAAGUGCACGGCGUCUUACUUGCGGCGUCGGGCGUGCCUGAGUCGCUGCACGGCCAACUGUUCCACAAACUUUCUACGGAGACAUUCGAUGGCGGGGACUUCUUCGAGAUCGAGCCCUGCGAGGAAGGCCGACAGAGGCGCCUCCUACUUACCUCUGAUUUCAUGCCCAAGGAUUCCCACGUCUUCCUCUCCGACCACGCCUGGACUUUUAGACUCUCCGAUGCCCGCAAACAGUUGGAGCAAGUCCCAGGUUUGGUUGAAAGGAUGGCUUCGUUAAUGUGUGUUGAUAUUGAUUCUGCUGGUGGAGCCUCAGAUGUGAAUGUUGCCAAAUUCAAUGCGGUGGAAUUUGUGGAGACUGAAAUUCGUAAUGCAAAAGACAAAGGAGAUGACACUGUGAGAUGGUUGGAGCUUGAGGACCUUCACAUGGACGAUGCUUUGUUAUUGUCUCUUGACUUGCCUAGUAAAUUUCCUAAUUUACUUGCACUUAGCCUAUGCGGAAACAAGCUCGAGAAUGUGGAAACUGUUACUCAGGAAAUUGUAAAGUUCAAGCAUCUUAAGGCACUUUGGCUGAAUAACAAUCCAAUUCUUCUAAAAAAUGAUGAUCACAUGGCAGAUACUAUUUUUCAAGGUUGCCAAAGUUUGGAAAUUUACAACUCGUGUUUCACCUGCAAUUUUGGUGAGUGGGCACUGGGAUUUUGUGGAGGAAUAUAUGAUAAGGACAAUCCUGGCUUCUUCCAUGAGACUGACCAUCCGUUGCGGGGUGUGACAUUGCUUGACCUUUCAAAUAGAUCUAUUCACAAUUUAAUCAAUAAGGCAUUUUCACCUGCUGAAAUGCCAUCUCUAUCACAUCUAAAUCUUCGGGGAAACCGAUUGGAACAGAACCCGGUUGGUGAGUUAUUGGAGCUCCUAAAGGGUUUUUCUUGCUUAAAUGCUCUGGAGGUAGAUAUUCCAGGCCCACUUGGAGAAAGUGCCCUAGAAAUUCUUGAAUCCUUUCCUAAUCUUUCUCUGCUGAAUGGUGUAAAUGCAUCAAAAAUCUUAGAAUCCGGAAAUCAUGUGAUUGAUUCAAUGCUUCAACCACGUCUUCCUGAAUGGACUUCAGAAGAAACUCUUGCUGAUCGUGUUGUCAAUGCAAUGUGGUUAUAUUUGAUGAAUUAUAGACUAGCAGAUGAAGAAAAGAUUGAUGAAACCUCUGUAUGGUACAUGUUCGAACUUUAUUGCUUUAUUAUUGGUGCUUCUUCUUGUUAAUUUGCCAUAUUUUUA